AUGGUCGAGUACGUUGUUUAUAGGUCUGCUGUGGUGACCGCCGACGUGGCUGUCGGCUUUGUCCACUAUCAUCAGGAUAACUCUUCAAAGUCGGUCGUGGUCUGGAAGGCCGACAAUUUGUCUUCGUGUUUUUUUGAGGCCGAGGAGACGAUCGUGGCUGGUCUAGAACCUGACGUCGAGGCUGCGAUCGUGAAGGUAAUGGAGUCUGUUGAGGUGGUGGAUGUGAACCUUGUGCUAAUGGUUGUCGAGGUCUUGAUUGUUUCUGAGUCUGUUUCGAUGGUUGUAACGUGUCUCGAGACGAUCGAGUUGGUCUCAUUGUCUGAGGAUAUACCACUAAUUACAAAAGGGACAGGCGGUCGGUCAGGUCCUAAUAUAAAGCAUCUUUCGAACAAACCGCUGUAUUAUCAUCGGUCAUUUAUUCAUUCAGUCAUUCACUGGAACUGUCAUGUGGGCUGCGAUCGGGAACAAAAUGAUUGA